AAGAGGCAAUACCAACAACGAUCUACUACCGGAUGUAUAAUGUGCCGCACCCGCAAGAAGAAAUGUGACGAGCUGCAUCCUAUUUGCACUGGCUGUCAGCGCAACGGGUUAAGCUGCGAAUGGCCCUCUGCAGAGCGACCGCAACGCAAACCGCGCCGGUCACAGCACCACCAGCUGCCGCAGAUGGGCUAUGCCCUGCCACCGCAUAUCGAGGCGAUGAUCACCGUCUUUGCCGUUCCCAACGUCGACAUGGCCAGUCGACUUCUGUCUCACUUCACCGACUACAGCCCUCGCUGGCUCUCCACCCGCACAGGACGCCGCCGGUCGGAGUUCCUGAACCACCUGAUUCCAGCGGCCAUGGAUAGUCCACUGAUUCUGAAAUGCAUUUUGACUGUCUCAGCGGCGGACCUGAUUAAGUAUGAUCCCUCCAAUGUGGGACUAAAGGGCGCGGCGGUGGAGUACUAUGGCCAAGCACUCGCGAACCUUCGUGAGACUAUCGCCGAUGAAGAGAGAUCCGGCACAAGCCUCUCUGACUACACCCUCUUAGCUGUACUGCUUAUCUGUCUUCACGAGAUCCAAAACUUCACCUCCGUGCACCGCCUUCUUCCCCAUCUCAACGCAGCAGCAGCCCUCUUCUCCCACAAACUAGACACCACGGCCGCCCCGCCCAACUCCCAGCUCCGCCAACUUCUGUCCGAUCUAUUUAGCUACUUCUUCGCCCUGACCACCUUCACCCACGGUCCCCAUCUCGCCCUCCAUCGGGGCUCCUCAAUCCUCGAAUCCUACCUCACCACGCCCCAUCCCAAAGACACAGGCACAGGCACGGGUGCAAUCCUCGGCACCGCCCAACAAACCUUCCUGAUUAUCUUCCGCGCCUCCCACCUCAUCCAACUCGCCAAACAAACCCACACCCCGCUCACCGCCGCCAUGAAGACGAAACUCACCGCAAUGGAGCGCCAGCUCCACGCCCUCCAAAACAGAACCCUGCCCCCGUUCAACCAGGGCUACACCGAUGUCGAAGAACAAGGCGACGCCAUCAUGUCCGAGUUGUACCGACUGGCGUGUAUCAUGUAUCUGAAACGCACGAUCGACCCGGCCCUCGGGAUCAAAAGCCACACGAUCCAAGCCCUCGUCACGGAUUUUAUUCGCUUACUGGAACUGCUUCCGCCCCACCACCCGGUGAACUGUAUUCUGUGCUGGCCGCUGGUGGUGGCGGGCUUGUGUACGACGCUGCAUGCGCAUCAGCGGGUGAUCACGACGCGGCUGGGCCAGAUCUAUGGGGUGUGGACGUCGGACUUGGUGACGAUGAGCAUGGAGCUUCUGCGGCGGGUG